AUGUUGUCAAAGGCGUUUUUGAGGGCGACGAUCCGCGCGGUUGCGGCUUCAAUGAAGAUGGAAGACAUCUUCAAAGGGAAUAAACACUCCAACUCGAUGCUCGAGGUUGCCAAAUUUUUGCCGUAUUCCGAACAUAAAUUAUUUGAGAUGGAGAGGCAGUUAAAGGCAGUUUCACUAAAUAAUAAUAAGAAGCAAAAGGCAGAAGAUGAAGAAGCUCAAUUAAUACAUCCAAAAAAUUUUUGGGUACCAAGGUUGGAUAAUGUUAUGCUUGCUGAAGCACAAGAAAGGGUAAACCUGGACAUUACUACUUAUACUUAUAGUUGUGAUGAUAUUAAGGUUCAAAAACCAGAUUCAGUAGUAUCAGAUCAGAUGUUAAAGGAAGCUGAUGAGGAAGUUUUACUUAAUAAGAAGCCAAAGGCAGAAGAAGAAGAAGCUCAAUUACAUCGAAAAGAUUUGCUAGCCAGAGAGGAAGUUGCGCGCCCUGGUGAGGAACCAAGAUCAUUGGAUGAGAAGGUUAGGCUUGCUGAAACGAGAGAAAGCUUAAACCUGGAUGUUACAAGUAGUAAUGAUUACCAGGAUGUUAAGGUUCAACAACCCGAUCCGGGUGUAAUAAAUGAUCAGAGGUAA